AGAGACGGAUGCAGACCACGCCCUUCUUCGACCCGCCUAUAGAGGGCGCUGUGGCAACCAAAGCGGGCCGAUCAUCAGCAGCUUUACCUCACUGCCCUUCUAGCAGCAUCUCACCUUCAACCGGCCAGACGCACAUCCACCGCCGCGCCCGAAAAAGAGAAGAAAAAACACGCGAGAGAGAAAGACAGCGUCAGAUCAGCCAGCGGAGGAAAUCGAGCAACAUCGGAGCCGGUUGUUUGAAUAAUGUAGGGCAGCGUUUGGCGAUUUGACAUCUAAUUUAGCCUAUCCCCUUCACUGCGACACGGAAACACCGUCCAGCUGCGCAUAAAUAAAUCGCAGUCUCUCUAAGCCUGUCAGGAUAAAACCGUCCAACCUCUCCGCCGACCUCAGAGUCCUCUCGACGUAGAAGGUCGUAGUCUUUGCGCAGCCCUCGUCGUUUAUUUUGACGGUCAGAUCAGGCCCCGAUCAGCGUCUGAUCGCCUCCAGCCUCAGCAUCAUCUCUCCCACCAGCAGAAAGCAGCAUCCUUCCUCCUCCUUGAAUCAGCGCAAUGGCCGAUGUUCCAGCGGAGUGCAACAUAAAAGUGCUGUGUCGCUUUCGCCCUCUCAACCAGUCGGAGAUUUUACGCGGGGACCAGUUUCUCCCCAAAUUCCAAGCAGACGACACUGUCAUCGUCGGAGGGAAGUCAUAUAUCUUUGACCGAGUGUUUCCAACCAACACCACCCAGGAGCAGGUGUACAACACCUGUGCCAAGCAGAUUGUCAAAGAUGUGCUAUGUGGCUACAAUGGCACUAUCUUCGCAUAUGGACAAACCUCCUCCGGGAAGACGCACACCAUGGAGGGCAAACUCCAUGACCCACACCAGAUGGGUAUUAUUCCUCGCAUCGCUGAGGACAUUUUCAACCACAUCUUUGCUAUGGAUGAAAACCUUGAAUUCCACAUCAAGGUUUCCUACUUUGAAAUCUACAUGGACAAAAUCCGUGACCUGCUGGAUGUGACAAAGACCAACCUGUCGGUCCAUGAAGAUAAGAAUAGGGUGCCGUAUGUCAAGGGAUGCACUGAGCGUUUUGUCUCCAGCCCUGAUGAGGUUAUGGAUGUGAUCGACGAGGGCAAAGCUAACCGCCAUGUUGCUGUGACCAACAUGAACGAGCACAGCUCUCGCAGCCACAGCAUCUUCCUGAUCAACAUCAAGCAGGAGCAUGUGGAGACUGAGCAGAAGCUGUGUGGAAAGCUCUACCUGGUGGAUCUGGCUGGUAGCGAGAAGGUCAGUAAGACCGGAGCUGCAGGAGCCGUCUUGGAUGAGGCUAAAAACAUCAACAAGUCUUUGUCUGCUCUAGGAAAUGUCAUCUCUGCUUUGGCUGAGGGCACGAAAUCUCACGUGCCGUAUCGUGACAGCAAAAUGACCCGUAUCCUGCAGGACUCCCUGGGUGGGAACUGUCGCACCACCAUGUUCAUCUGCUGCUCUCCCUCCAGCUACAACGACGCCGAGACCAAGUCAACUCUGAUGUUUGGCCAACGUGCUAAGACCAUCAGGAACACCGCCUCCAUCAACCUUGAGCUGACUGCAGAGCAGUGGAAGAGGAAGUAUGAGAAGGAGAAGGAGAAGAACAAGACCCUGAAGGACACCAUCCAGAAGCUGGAGGCUGAGCUCAACCGCUGGAGAAAUGGAGAGGACGUGCCUGAGACAGAGCAAACCACUUCGGACGUGGUGAACCGCAUCGAGGCUGUGGAGGAACGUCCCGUUUUGGACAAUGACACCUCCUCUAUUGUGGUCCGCAUUUCUGAGGAGGAGCGUCAGAAAUAUGAAGAGGAGAUCCGCAAGCUGUACAAGCAGCUGGAUGACAAGGAUGAUGAGAUCAACCUGCAGUGCCAGUUGGUGGAGAAACUGAAGCAGCAGAUGCUGGACCAGGAUGAGCUCCUGGCCUCAUCCCGUGGUGACGGGGACAAGGUCCAGGCCGAACUCGGCAGGCUGCAGGUGGAGAGCGACUGUGCCAAGGCUGAGGUGAAGGAGGUGCUGCAGGCUCUGGAGGAGCUGGCCAUCAACUAUGACCAGAAGAGCCAGGAGGUGGAGGAGAAAGGCCUGCAGAACCAGCUGCUGGCUGACCAACUGUCCCAGAAAAUGGCCAGUCUGAUGGAGCUGGAGGCAGAGCUGUCUCGUAUGCAGGAAGUGAGCGGUCAGCAGAGGAAACGUAUCGCUGACGUCCUCAAUGGCCUGAUGAGGGACCUCAGCGAGUUCAGCACCAUCGUGGGCAACGGGGAGAUCAAGCUGCCGGUGGAGAUCAGCGGUGCCAUCGAGGAGGAGUUCACGGUGGCUCGCCUCUACAUCAGCAAGAUCAAAUCAGAGGUGAAGAGCAUGGUGAAGCGCUGCCGCCAGCUGGAGAACAUGCAGCUUGAGUGCCACCGCAAGAUGGAGGAGACUGGGAGGGAGCUCUCCUCCUGCCAGCUCCUCAUCUCUCAGCAUGAGGCUAAGAUCCGCUCUCUGACGGAGUACAUGCAGAGUGUGGAGCAGAAGAAGAGGCUGCUGGAGGAGAGCCACGACUCCCUGAGCGAAGAGCUGGCCAAGCUGCAAGACCAGGAUAACUCUCUGCUUGAGGAGAAGGAUGGAGAGAAGGGUGAGACUGAAGAUGGAAAUGUGAAGAAGGCUGUUCGUCAGCAGGGAGAGUCUCACCGCGGCCUCCAUCACAAGCAGCUGGCCCGCCUGCGGGAUGAGAUCAAUGAGAAGCAGAGGAUCAUUGAUGAACUCACUGAUCGUAACUCCAAGUUGGAGCUGGAGCUGGCUCAGGUUCGUGCUGACUUUGAGCGCCUGAAGAGUCAGGACAGCACAAAGAGCGAGCGCCUGGAGGAGCUCUCAUUCCUGCAUGAACGUCAUGAGCAGACUAAACAGGACUUGAAGGGUCUGGAGGAGACUGUCGCCCGCGAACUCCAGACCCUCCACAACCUGCGCAAGCUGUUCGUUCAAGACCUCACGUCGCGGGUUAAAAAAAGUUCCGAAAUGGAGCCUGAUGAUAGCGGGGGGUCUUGCACCCAGAAGCAGAAGAUUUCCUUUCUUGAGAAUAACCUGGACCAACUUACAAAGGUUCACAAACAGCUGGUUCGUGACAAUGCAGAUCUGCGUUGUGAGCUUCCAAAGUUGGAGAAACGUCUUCGGUCUACUGCUGAGAGAGUUAAGGCCCUGGAGACUGCACUGAGGGACGCCAAAGAGGGUGCCAUGAUGGACCGCCGCCGCUAUCAGCAGGAGGUCGACCGCAUCAAGGAUGCCAUGAAAGCAAAGAAUGCCAUGCGGCGCCCCCAUGCAGCACAGAUUGCCAAGCCAGUGAGACCGAAGCAGCUCCCAGUUUGCUCUCCCACAAACCCAUUCUACACCUACAUCCGUGCCACUGAACACGCCAACACCUACAGCAACGCCCUCUUCCAGGGCAACAUAACACAGCCAACCUCCGCCAGUGUCAACUGCAACCCCAACUCUGUCCAGAGCAACACAGUUUCCACAGCACUGGGCUACAGAGCAGGCAGAUAUAAUGGAGACAUAUUGGAGUCCUACCCACUCAACAUCGACAAUGGUAACAGCAUCAGUGAAACGAGAGACAUCAAUGACAACAGGAGUGAUGUUCACUGUGGCAGCGAGGUGGAUGAUUCAAACAGGCACUACAUCAUUCAGCAGGAAACAGCUGCAAGUUAAUGCCAUGAAGACGACCAAACACUGUACCAAUCCAAGGACCCCAACCCCCCCUCCCAUCUGCAUGCAGCCUGUCUCCUCGUCCCUCCACUGCAUCACAGAUGAAGAUGAUGAUGAAGAUCUGUAGCCCUGUAGUCCUCUUAACUAGAUGAAGCCCCUCCCCGCUCUUAUGGUGACCACUCUCAUCCUGCAGGUUUGGGGUCCAGUUCCUUUCAGUUCAGUCAGUGCUAGACAUAAAUUAAAUCAGUUUUUUUUUAUCAUUAUUAUUACAGAAUGUCCACCACUAACAACCACAAUUUGAAAAAAAGAUAACAUUAAUGCUGAUCACCUCCUGAGGUGUUUGAACUGAAGUGGGGCUGCCUCCAUUCCUGCUUACUUAGUACACAAAUGUUGUAAAUAAUAGUGCUGUAUACUCCAGUAGAGGUUUUUCGACCAGCAACUGUUUGUGUGAAUGCACAGCCUCCAACAUCCCCUGAACUCAUCUUCAUAAGGGCAUCAUGUGGAUGACAUACUGUAGGCAGACAUGACCUUUUUCUCUGUCGUAAAUAGGAGUAUAGUGUGUAACGCCGGCUUGUAACAGAAGACCCACACUCUGCAUGCAUGUCGCUUAGCGGGUUAGCUUUCAAAUCUUUGCAUGUGUCAUGAUUCCAGUCAGGAGCUGGUAUGCUGUGAGCGAACCGUCUGAUCGACCUCGACAGAUGUCACAGAAACAGAGAGCUGGUUUCCCUUAAUCCUGAUCCAAGUCGUAGCGCACUAGAUUUUCUAUUUUAAAGUAAAUUUUAGCCCAAGACUGGGUUGCCAAAAACUACAUCUGGGUCUAGUUUUUAUUUAAGAGAGGAGGACAUCAGAUGCAAAAUGCGUGAGGGAAACCCAGCCCAGACGUUCAGUCUGUAUAGAGGAAACCUUUUGUAAUUGCUUUGAUACUGUGAUGUUGCAGCUGUAAUGAUGCCGUUGUACACUUCAGGUAAUGCUACCCACAUCCAUUUACUGUGGUUCCCUCCCUGCAUUGCACCCACACCUUGUAAGUCUUCUUACCAGGCCUUAAUAAGAGCUGAUUUGUCAUGAUCAAACUAACACGCUGUCAUAAGCAUACAUUUGUAAUUACUACCUCUAGAGCUACUUAUUAUACACUUAUCACAGUAUACCAAGAUAUCAUCUUUUCAAAUGCUAAAUACAAGCAGAUCUUAGAGUUUCUAGUAUAAGUCGCAACUUUAGUACACCGAUAUCUGUAAGUAGACUUAAAUGCUCUUUUUAGAGCCGUAAUUUUGUCCUGCAAAUUCAUACAUACACAGAUUCCAUCUUCAUUUUAUAACAGGAUCAGAGCUGGGCAGAAAAAGUUCCUACUGCAGGAAAGUAACCAAAUGUUUGGGUUCACCACAGGUCAGAUAGCGCCAAGUUCAUUGUCAACAUAUGCUACACUGGAUUUCAAACAUUUUCCUAAACUUUUAAAAACUUUUAAGACAGAAAUGAUGAUGCCUGCAUUGCUAGUCUUGAUUAAAGUUGUAACAUUGUUAACAUAAUUCCCCUGCCUUUGAUUUUCAAAGAGAAGUUUAGUAACAUCUCAGAACCUGCUGGAUGCUAUUUGAUGACUCAGUGUUUCUUAAUCAAAAGUCCACUGAUCAGGAAAUGUCUGCAAACUAGUCCCCAGCUGAGCAGCCACCAGUCUGGCACUGUCAGUUUGACAGAAGCUUGUGGUCAGGUCGUGUUGUAAUUCUUCUGUUAGAAAUCCUGACCAACCAAUCAGGAUGGAGGAAAGCAACUUGUCUUAGGUUGGUAAUGAACGGAUGGAUCAGCUUGGACUGAGUAGAGUCACUGAAUUUAAGGUCAAGUAGUAUGUCGUUCUUAAAGGAACCAAGAAGCUUUUGUGUGUUUUUGGGUAGGAAAUGUAGGACCAAAUUCAAAUAAAAACGCAAAGGUUGAUAAUAUUUUGAAGCUUAAUGUGCCUUCUAAGAUUAUAAGUAACUUGCAUAUGAAUAAAUGAGAGGGACCUAAUUUGGAUUUGCAUUUAUAGUUUACUUACACUUACACCAGACUAUAUAUUUCAGAUUUUCCUGAGUUUGAUUGAGUCUCUAUUGCAAAACUUCUGUGGGAAAUUCAGUGUAUCGUAUCGCCUGACUGUGCUUAUUCUAAUUUAGCCGAGGUCGGAACUCAGUAUGAUCCUCCUCAGUCAUCUGAUCGUUAAGAGCGUCUUUCAUGACAGCGCCAUUAGGUCUCAUGUUCUUUCUGGCAUUAACAACAUCUCAGGGCUUCACAUUCACAAUCACAGUGACCAUGGGCCACCACCUCUGUCUUCCUCAUCAACUUAAAACUAUGUGAUUGCAGAUGAACAAUCAGGUCAGCGUGUGUUCUUCGAGGCUUAGCAGGGGAACGGGAUUAUAAAUCUAAAAUCUAUUACAGAAAUAACAUCAUUCUAUACAUAUGUGACAUUUCCAUUCUAGCACAUGACAUAAAAUAAUCCCUCAGUCACACCCUGGUCAGACCCUACUGUACGUGUCCAAGCAGACCCUCUAUUUGACAUCAUGUUUUAAGUGUAAUAGAUAAUUUUAAAGGAGGGGGAACGUGUACUAUAUUGUCACCUGCUGUUCCACUGUCUGAUUUCAACAUAUCUAAAAUUUAUGUGCUAUAUAUUGUUAAUCUUGUAAGUAAAAUAGCGUGCCAUGACAUAGUAAAAUGCAAAAGAAAGGUACACGCUAACUUUGUUCAAAGAAAUGUUUGUUUGAUUUAUUUCUGUAUGCCAAUACUGUAGCGUCAACAUAAUUAUGUGAAGAAUCACAGUGCAAACUUUCUGUAUAUAUAGACUCAUCACUAUGCUGUACUGUAUGUGAACCAUUGUGUUGUAGUUAAAAGUUCAAUAAACUUGUAGAAAGGA